UUCAACUGUCCCAUCUUUUGGUUCUCAUUUGCCCAACGCUACUCUUAUCUCUUCUUCACCUUUUCCUUCGCCUUAUCAGUUCCAUCAUCGCUCCUACUUCACCACCUCCGCCUCCUAGGAACCGCUUUUUUUCCUAGUUCCGGCUUCCUCAAUUGCUUCUGCUGAGUAGAGAGUUGCAGCGGUGAAGUCUAAUGGGUCGAUUGUGCGAUUUUUGCGGGGAGCAAAGAUCCAUAAUCCAUUGUAGGUCUGAUGCUGCUUGCUUGUGCUUAUCCUGUGAUCGGAAUGUUCAUUCUGCAAAUGCUCUUUCGAAGCGCCACUUGAGGACGCUUUUAUGUGAAAGAUGCCACUCUCAGCCUGCGAUAACGAGGUGCAUCCAAGAGAGCACCUCACUUUGUCAAGACUGCAACUGGUCUGGCCAUGCUGCUGUACCGGCUUCAGAUGUUGAGCAUAAGAGAGAGAUGAUAAAUUUGUAUUCUGGCUGCCCUUCGGCAGCUGAUUUUUCAAGGAUCUGGUCCUUCUUUUCUGUUGAUAAGUCAAUUAGUAAUCCUGAACCAGAUCCGAUGAGACUUGAAGAAAGAGAAGAAAGUCCCUCCCGAUGUGAGUUGUCGCAUGCGGAUUGCUGUACAGAAGAUACUGGUAUGGAAAUAAUAGCUCCCGAUGCUGUGCAGUUUGAUGGAAGAGGACCACUUGAUUCUCUGAACCUGAAGGCUAGUCCGCCAAAGAAAGAUCCUGGACCCACUCAAGAGGUUCCCUCCCAGAACUUUUAUAUCUCAGACACUGAGUUGAGUUUAGACGACUAUGAAGCACUCUUUGACGAAUCUCGUGAUGAAACGCAACAAUUUUUUGACAAUGGUGGAGCUGAUAGCUUUUAUGGAAUGCGUGAUAUGUAUGACAAUGAAUGCAAUGUUAAGGGUGUGACGGCAAAGGCCUCAAGUUCGAAGGUUGGAACAUUGAAGCAGGAUUGCAGCAAUCAAUUAUCAGUCGAGUCCAUGACAAGCUGUAAAUCUGAUUCAAAUGAUUGUGUCCCAAGACCAGCACAAUCUACCCACUCAAUCUCUUUCUCAGGCCAGACAACCAAGUGCAACAUCGGAGAUCUCCCUGAGAAUGGAGGUUUUUCAUCAGUAAUGAUGGAGGAACAUCAAUAUGAUGUUCAGUUUUCAUCAGCUGUCAGGGACGAUGCAGUGUUACGAUACAAAGAGAAAAGGAAGUCUCGCAAGUUUGAUAAAAAAAUAAGGUACGCUUCGCGCAAGGAAAGAGCUGAUGUCAGGAAGCGUGUGAAGGGCCGUUUUGUAAAAGCUGGAGAUCCGCCUGAUAUGCAGGAGACUGAAGUGAUGGAGAUGCUAUUUCCUGAGGGAGAUGCCUCAAACCACCUCACAACCAACAGGUUCCUGCCGCCUGUAUUCUUAGAGAUAGACCGAGUGGCACGGUACUUUCUUUCUCAUAAAAGAGGCAAAUGGAUAUUCAUUUUCUCAGAAAAAAGGCAGCUCUUUGGUGGUACACAGGCUCCCCACUUCAAUGGAUUUUGAAGUAUGUAGUUUGUUUUGUUGCUCACACACUGUAAUCUGAAACCAAAACCCCUACAUUGUAUGUAAAUUAGAGUAUCAUGGUAUGUACUUCUGCGGGUUCUUCGCCUCUA